UGUUGAAAUUCUCAUAAUAUAACGUGUGACAGUACAGCGCUCGAGAGCCACUUUGCUUUGGCAGUAAGUGCACCCCACCUCAUUAUCUGGGUUUUUCUUCCGUUUUUCUUCGAAAAAGCUGCUCUUCUUGCGCUGGGAGCAGAUCACGAGCCCUGCAGGUUUCCACGCAAUUGUAUUCAACUGGAUUGAACAACAGCUUUUUAAGUCAAAGGAAUUUGCAAGCUUGUUAUACGGUACUUUUGUACCGUGACCUCCAGUUCUGAAACCUGGGCAUGUAUGUGUGCAAUCACAUUUUGCUGAUAUCAAGAAGACCCGCGAUAUCAGCUAAAGCUGUUGGCGGUUCUGUCCGUGGCUGCUGACUCUCCAGCUGAAUCCUGGAAGUUCUUCAUGAGAGGUGACUUCAGAAGCCCGGUAGCGGCUCGGAGCUUAUAAUUUUGCACGUCUUCCCAACAGGGCCAGGAAGUAGUUCGACAACCGUUGAAGCUGCAGCAGGAGAAUGAUGAGAGGGGAAACCCCCUUUUCAUCUGAAGUAAACUAGAAAUUGACUAAAAGGGGGAAGUAAACCCACUUCACACUCGCGCAGAGGGCAUUCCUGCCCCGGUUGGCAUUUCCAGUUUCGAGGCCUCAGGUAUUGUCUCGUCAGUGGUUAAAAGAGACAUCAAAGCUUCAGGGACGAGCAGAUUGGGAGCGUGAGCCGCCUGAGCCAGAAGACAUGUUGAGCAGCAGACACCGGAAAAGGAACAGAGGCAUGACCUGCGUGUGGCUGUUUGCCGCGGCGAUCAUUUUAAAAACAGUGCGAUCGGAUGAAGAGAAGGUAGUCUAUGGUGCCAAAGGGAGCUCUGUCGUGCUGCAGUCUCAGCUCUUGAAAAAUUACAGCGAAGUGGAAUGGAUAUAUCUGAAUGGCUCCAAAUUCAAACUAAACAUCCUCCAUGAGCAUUCUCUAGGCAAGGUGUUGCUGAACGAAAAAAAUCACUCAGUGACUCUUGCGAACCUAGACUUCAGUGACAUGGGAAUCUAUUACAUGGAAGCCACUGAUGACAAUGGGGAACAGAAGAAGAUCUCCAUUUACAAGCUGAUUGUUCAAGAAGUGGUCUCAGAUCCCGAAAUAAAUGUGAUACCAACCAUUCUGGGAGAUGGAAAGUGCUUCAUUGCUUUGAACUGCUCAUUUAAAAAAGGAACCAACGCCUCAAUUACAUGGACGCUACUUCCUCCUGGACUCUACAGCUCUGGGAGUGAGGUCAACGUUACACAAGACAGUUUCUCGAAUCACAGUAGUGGACAUACGUACAAGUGUCAAGUCAAAAAUGAAGUCAGCGCAGCCUCUAUAUCCUGGUCCGAUAAUAGACAGGAUUGUGCUCAGUAUAAAUCAGAAAACAAAAUUUGGAUGAUAGCUACACUUACAGCUGUAGCUCUCUUCAUCUUGGUGUUAAUAGUGUGCAUAGUCCGAAAAAAAGAUUCUAGGGGAAGUUAUACAUUUGAUUACGCAUCUCCACAAACAGAGGGAAAUAUUGCAGGCAGUUCUUAAUUGAGAGCUUCUCACUGGGAUCUUUUCAGUGUGGAUCCAAGGGGAAAAGACACGAUUCAGCUUUUUAUCUGGGAUGUGCCCAACCAGUGCCUCACCCGGUCACGCCGAUCUGGGUCAAAGUGGAACCUGCCACACUGCCAACAAGUCUACAUGCAUUUUCCCACUUGGAUUACGCGGAUCCCUGAGCAGAUCCACGUCAUUUGUUUCUGUUGUGGUGUCUUGAGAGAGCUGGUCCUGGGAGACACAGUUGUCCAAAGCAGGAGAAAGAAGGAGGGGAUUACUGGUCUGUGAACCUUGCUGUUGACCCUGGGACACAGGGAGAAGUGGCGACCUGAGCUCAGAGGGGACAGAGUUUUAGAAGAGGGCAGCUGUCUAAGGAGAGGCACGCAAAAGACACUCAAGGCUCUGUGGACUAUGAGAGGGGCCGCUCAGUGCCAUAUUUGCCAAGCGCCUAUGGAAUCCUUAGAGCCUACGAAGGAGGGAAACACUGGUGACUAACGAAAACUGAGCUGAAACAACAGGUUUGGGAUCGACUCUGGCUGCUCCAAAUCAACAAUCACACGCUAUCUAGCGGCUGUUCUAGAAACUAGACGUAUCGAAGUGAUGGGCGCUCGACUCACUCCAUCAAUCACCUGGCUUAGCAUUCGAACAGUUUAAAGUGCAUCAUGUGCAAUCGACGUGAUUCAAUUGGCGUUUCCCCCUCUUUCUGCACAUUUCGGAGUGAAAGUGCCCAGGGCCUACGGACACAAAAAUCCAGCCCUGUGGCCGUAAUGGACUGAAGUCUUCAAAUUUUUGCAUCUUCUGGUAAUGAGAAAAUAGAUGCCUAUUAGCGCCCUCAUCAGGCACCGAGCAGACAACCAGUGGGGCUGGUGACGUCAGCCCCAGGAGAAUUAAUGAAUCUGUCUGAGAUACUUGGGAACUAUCAGGGACAUUGCUAACUCCGUCAGCUCAGUGGGGGAAAGACAGGGGUUUGGUACGUGAUAUGCGAGUAUACACGUGUGGCUGUCCCACAAAGGUCUGUGACCUCAGGUUUCCCACCCUUUCGUUUUGGCAUUUGUCAGUGUGAGUCGGGACCCCCACCUUCACAGUGUACGCCGGAUGGUGUUUUUCUUAUUCAGUGGUGAGAGAAGCUCUUCUUCGGCACCACAUACAGUAUACUACAAUUGGAAUGAUACUUCUAAGGAUAACAAAACUAUACCUUAAUAGUUAAUAAAAGAGCCGCUCUGUU